GACGUUACCUGACGUUUUCAUGCAAAAAAAAAAAUGCAGAUCAGCGAAAUCGAACAAGAUCAACAUUUCGGAUACAAAAGUAGUACUAACACAAUCAUACACUUACUACAACCAUGCCGCAAGAUAUCAGCAAUCUAGACUGCUUCAAGGAUCGAUGGGUAUUGGACAAAAGCAAUUCUAAAGGAGUUGAACCACUUUUGAAAGAUGGUGGUGUAAACUACUUAAAGCGUAAGACUUUGUGUGCACUGACUAUUGACCUAGAGCUUCAAGUCGCGUGCGAAGGAGAGGACAAAGUAACUGUCACAGAGGUACAAUACACUUCGUUUGUGAAUAUGAUCAAUAAGAUGGAGCUCGGCAUGAAUAAUGAGUUUCUUGGUUGGACGGAUUAUCAUGAUGAUGCAUUCUCAGUAUACUGCAAGAAACAAGCAAAGUGGGAUUUGGCAACUGGCACGCUUUGGAUGCACGCAAUAUCUGUGAAGAAACACGAAGGUGAUUAUGACUGGACAGAAGAGCGUUGGGUCGAGAACGGUCAAUUGCACGGGCUAACAACGCAGAACUACAAGGGCAAAAUUACCACAAACCAUCGAAUUUUCGUUCAAAAAGCGUAAGUAGGAAAACAUUUAUACAAUAAAGACAAUGAAAGGCAAUCCGCCACGGUAUAUCAC